AUGGAGUUCUUCCAAAGAGUGUCCCAGCAGCUUUUCGAGCUGGACAAUACGGACACCCAGCAUGACCUUGUUAUUUUAGGUAAAACGUUCGCUGCUGUAGAUAAAUCGGGAUCACAACAAGAACAUGCACCGGUUACGGGGGUUUUUGGCCAGAUUUUUGCCAAAGACAGAGGUUGGAACCCACAGUUUUUGUCUUGUGUGCAGAAACUGCUUCAUUUUACGUACAGGACGAAAUUCGAGCCGAUUCCAAAGGAUCCAGCAGGUCCAUCGCCUAUGAAUUUUGGAACCCUUUUUAAGGACAAUCCACUUAACUCCAUUGAAAGUGCUAUCAACCAUCCAGACUGCUUCUGUAGUGAUAUUGGGUGGGGCUGCAUGAUUCGAACAGGGCAAGCCCUUUUGGGAAAUGCAUUGCAACGUUUGGGAGACGAGGCAAACGACGGCAAAGACCCAGACAAUGCACACAGCCACGGGGCGAAAAUGAUCGGCUGGUUUGAAGACAGAUAUUCUGCACCUUUUUCGCUACACAGAUUUGUCAAAGAGGGCGCCAAACUAUCCCGAAAGCCGCCGGGAGAGUGGUUCGGACCCUCUGCCACCUCACGUAGCAUUCAAAGUCUCGUGCUUGGAUUCCCCGAAUGCGGAAUUUCGAAAUGCGUCAUUUCUACUGAUUCUGCUGACGUUUACGACGAGGAUAUGGAACCUAUCUUUACUGAAAAUUGCGACGCGGUGGUUCUACUGCUUUUGGGAGUCAAGCUCGGCCUAGACAAGGUUAAUGCUCGUUACUGGGAUGAUAUACGGCAAAUUCUUGCUUCCAAACAAUCCGUGGGCAUCGCUGGCGGUCGCCCUUCUUCUUCGCUAUAUUUUUUUGGUUACCAAGACGAGUAUCUGUUUUACUUAGACCCUCACACUUCACAGUUGGAUCUGGCAUCGCUUGACUCACCGCAGGAGAAAUUCAACUCAGUGCAUUCACAGCGGUUCAAUAAGAUUCAUUUCUCAGAGCUUGAUCCUUCCAUGUUGAUUGGAGUGUUACUGCAAGGUCGCGCCGAUUGGGAUACUUGGAAAGCCGGUGUUUCGCAGUCCAAAAUCAUCCAUGUUCUUCCUUCAAGACCUCAGAACUAUUUCUUCGAAGAUGAUGGCGUUGUCAGUGAAUCUGAAGAAGAGAAUGAGCAAUUGGGUGCCCAAACUUCGACGCUAGGAGGGGAAUACGUUGAUGUCGUGGCGCCAUUGGAUCAGCCGGCUGAUUCUACCGCUCGUGAUGAUGAUUUUCAAGACGUCCAGUGCAAAAACCAGAAUAUACUUGUGGUUGGUGACGAAGAUGGCACAACUCCUGAUACAGAAGUGGAACGUGUGCUAGUUGGAGAGGAAACUGUACCUUUGGUAAUGCCACCGGAAAUUCAGAAGCCUGCUGCAGCGUCUGUUCUGUGA